AUUAGCUUGCUUAGCCCUGACCCUAAUACCAGAUAAUGUGAACUGUACUCCAUAUAUCUGCAAAAUGUAUCGCUUGCUCUGUUUUCUCAGUGUACUAUGUUUUGUUGAUGUUCAAGGUUGGGGCAGCUUUAAGAAAGUAAGCUCACAAUCGAGGAGCCGUCAUGUGGAUCCAGAAUGUUACAUGGACAGUCCUCAGCUUAUAGCUGAUAAUGGUUUUGUUUCGGAGACUCAUUUGGUGACGACUAAGGAUGGUUAUAUUCUGCAGAUAUUCAGAGUGAAGCCCAACACAGAUAACCGCCCCGUAGUGUUCCUCCAACACGGUCUCACCUCAAGUAGUGACAUAUUCCUAUUGAACAGAAGAUACGGGAGCUUACCGUUUAUAUUAAACGAACAGGUAACAGGACGAAAGAAGGUCUUCUACGUCGGACAUUCCCAAGGAACUGAAAUGGGUUUCAUGGGUUUCUCCAGUAAUCCUGACUUAGCAUCUAAAAUCUCACUGUUCACUGCCCUAGCCCCCAUCGCUAGAAUCAGCUACGCUAAAGGACUCAUAGCUGCACUUAAAGAUCUGGUGGAUUUAGAGGGCGUGCUCUACUGGUUGCUGGGCAACAGGCAAUUUGAUCCCCCUUCAGCGGUUGCACUAUACUUCGCUACUAAGAUCUGUCCCGAGGACGCUAUAACCAUGGGUCUAUGUGAGACACUGGACUCUCUUGUUAGUGGCUUCGACAUCUCUAACUACAACAAAACACGGUAUCCCAUCUACCAAGCCCAUGGUGACCAAUCAACCUCAACAAAAGACAUAAUCCACUGGGCCCAACUUCUCCGCUACAAACGUGUCCAGAAGUUUGACUACGGCUCAGAGAAAGCCAACAUGGACCGGUACAACCAGACCACUCCCCCACUGUACAACAUCACUAACAUGAGGGUCCCUACUGUGCUGGUGGCAGGCGGUAACGACUGGCUAGGCGACACAAGAGACGUGAUGUGGUUGAUAAAGACGAUUUACCCCAGCAUAGUGAAAGUCAUGUUUAUAGACAAGUAUAACCACGAUGAUUACUUGCUCGGUAUGGACGCUCCGGAAAGAGUAUUUAAACCCGUUCUCGAGAUUAUGGAUAGGUUUUUAAAGGGGGAGCGUAUAACUCAAACUUUAAUAUGAACGCUGUUAUAUAGGCAGAGGAAUUUAGCUAAAUCUGACUUUUCUGAGGAGAUUUCUAAGCUCUUUGAUGUUGAUUAGUCCGAUGAAGAAAGAAUGAAUCUCCUUUUAUUUGAGUUUACAUGAUCAUUAAAAAAAGGACAAAUGUGACGUUUAAGCUGUUAAUUAACCAUAGAAUUUGAAACUUAUCUCAAAGUUUCUAGCACUUUGAGACAAUGCGCUUGUACGAAAGAUCUAGACUCACCUAUAAUCUGUUUCUUGAUCUCAGAGGAUUUAUGUUUCCUGAAAGGAACUAUAAUAAAUUGCUACCCAGCAACAAUAUCAUAAAUUUAACAACGGUGUAGCUAAAAUAAUGAUGUCACCAGAACGGCACUUGAACGCCUCUGCAAUGCCACUACUGCGACAAAAUGUUGAACAAAAAGGAUUUGAAAUGCAGCUAAAGCUAUCAUGAAGUUAGAUAAAAGAAAUCUAACUUUUCGGCGGGUGUCAACUCGUCGUAGAUCUCAUCAGUUUCAUCCCCAGCAUUUCCCAUCAGAUUUUCAUCCUUCAUAGUUUGAUUCAAACUCUUUACAUUUUUUAUCGACUGAAGAGAAAAGUAUAUUUUAAACUAACUAACUGUGAGGAUAUUAUUGUGUUAGUGCUUUUAAAUAAAAUUAAAACGAGGCCUUCAUGUUAGAAUUUUUGAUAAGAUUUUGCAGUGAAUAUUAUGAUGAUGGUGAUUGAUUACUGUAUUGAUAACAAAAUUGAUUUUUAUAAAUUAAGUGAUUCAAACUUAUCAAAUAAACAAUAUGAAAGUGAUUUUAUUGCAGCAAUAUAACAGUUUAACCUUCAGUAGUACUGGCCAGACUUCAUGUUGAUC